AUGCUUCGGUUCCGCGUGGCGGCCGUACCAAGGCUCAACGUCCGACGGCGCGCCGAGGUUGAAGCACGAGCGGACGAUCCAGAGGAGGAGGAGGGCGCCGACCAUGGAUCCGACCACGAUGCCCGCGAUGGCACCGCCGGUGAGCGUUGUCCCUCCGCUUCCAUGGUCCGGGGUGCUGGUGACGGUGACGGUGACGGUGGCGGUUGCGGCGGAGGCUUGUCGGCCGGCGAGCGGAACGGUCCGCGAAGGCAGCGCCAGGGUCAGGUAAGGGGCCAUUGGUAA